UUUGAAAGGUGUUGAAGAGCAUGAACUCCAUCCAGCUUCCAGCUCAUCAGAGACCUCCUGCUUCAAGCCCACAUCAGCUUCACCCAAAGAGUGCCCAGGAAGCUCCAGAGAUGUCUGUGUACUGUGACAACUUCAGCAUGUACCAACAGAACCUGCACGCUACUCAAAGACCAACAAGUUAUGGAAUAGGAGACUUCACUCCUCCAUCAAAUCCCUACUUGUGGCUGGGGGGCCCUGGAGUCAACAAUUCCACCAGCUAUUCUUAUGGCAACAAUUCCUCUCCUUACAUGCCAGCAUCUUAUGGAUCUCAGAGACAGUUCCUGCCAAAUUCAACUGGUUAUGGUGGUACAGACCUUAGCUGGCUGUCCGUUGCUUCCCAGGAAGAGCUUCUCAAGAUGGUGAGGCCUCCAUAUUCCUACUCGGCUCUCAUUGCCAUGGCCAUUCAAAAUACCUCAGAAAAGAAACUCACCCUGAGCCAAAUCUAUCAGUAUGUGGCUGAAAACUUUCCCUUCUACAAGAAAAGCAAAGCGGGCUGGCAGAAUUCCAUCCGGCACAACUUGUCCCUCAAUGACUGCUUCAAGAAAGUUGCUAGAGAUGAAAAUGAUCCAGGUAAAGGAAACUAUUGGACUCUGGAUUCCAACUGUGAGAAAAUGUUUGACAACGGGAAUUUCCGUCGUAAAAGAAAGAGCAAAUCUGAGUCUAACUCAAACAAGGUCAUAAAAACUGAGGAAGAUGAGACCAUCUCAAACAAAAAAGAAAAAGAGAGUCCUGCUUUGUCAACCCCAUCUCCCCCAUCUUUGGAGACAUCGCCACAUGACAUAAAAUCAAUCUCACCACCAGCUCCGGCGGUUUCCUAUACUCCUUGCUUGAACAACUUUCUUAACAGCAUGGCAUCCAUGGACACAAACUCAGCAAGCAAACAAAUGUCCUUUGGUCUGAUGAACGAACUUUCUCAAAGGAAUAUUACUGGCCUAAACAGCUUUAACUCAAUCUCUCCUGCAGAUCCAUCAGGAGACAUACAGGACAAUAGCCUGUUCUACAGCAGGACCUCUUAUUACAACUCCUUCUCCUCAGCCAACCCAAAACCACCACAGUUUUUACAGCAGCUACAACAGCCUCCCAUUUAUGGGAGGUUUUAACAAGACCAGCCUUUUUCAAUGGGUUGGACUCUGAGAGAGGGCUUUCUCAUCUUUUGGGCCAACUGAUCAGUAUUGUAUCAUUAUUAUGAUCAAAGGACAAUGAAAGUAGAAGGUCCAAAGUCGUUUUUCUGUUGCAAUAGACUCCUAUGACUUGCUGCCCUUUGAUUUCAUGUACAGUCUGUAAAUGUC